AUGGACCGUUGGGGCCGGGGCCGGGGCAUGCUAUCCCCGGACAUGGUCUUCCAGGAGGUCGCCAAGGACGCAGUCGCUGCGGCCCUGGAUGAGGCGAGCAGCGCGGCCUUUGUUGCGCUCGGGGCCGCUGGGGGCGGCAAGUCCUAUGCCAUCAUGGGUGGCGCGCGGCACUUUGCGGACCGGGGGUUGAUUCCCCGGACUUUGACCAUGCUCUUCGAGGCCAAGAAGGCCAGGAGCGACUUGGCGGAUCUGGAAGUGGAGAUCUCCUUCUUCGAAAUCUACAAGGGCCGGGCCUCCGAUCUGCUCACCGGCGGAGCGCUGCAGCGGCGCUCGGCGCCCGAAGAGAGCGUGGCCUACAAGUUGCUUUGCGACGGGGAUGCGAGGAGGAAGCUGGAGGACCGGCCCUUCAGCCCGGACUCCUCCAGCAGCCACGUGGUUUUCGCACUGCACUUGCGCCGCAGCGGCCGGGACGCGGAUUUGGUCUUCCUGGAUUUGGCGGCUGAGUUGGCGGAGGCGGUCGCUGCGGGCGUUGGAUUUCUUGGCUGA